UCCCUAAGUAUUUGACCUAAACCUGCUUAACAUAUAAAUACAUAGCCGUUUAAAGGACUGCUAGAUAAUCUAUACACCAGUGCCCUGUGUAUAUGGCGCUUUGAAAUAAUUUAAUGCUUUAGAAUUCCCAACUUAGCAACUAAGGCAGUAAAGCGGAACUGCGUUGACGAUAGGUCUCUGUAAUAGAGUAAGACGUCGAGGAUAUUCAGUGUCAAAACAAUUCGUUCUGUGGAUAAAUAUAGCGGGGCAACUUCUGUAUCUACAGCCUACAUCUACCAAGCACUCGACGCGAUUCUUAAAUAGGAAAUCAGGAUAAAUAAUAAUCAAUCCAACGAACGGAUUUUACCGCCAAAAAAUGCCAGAAUCCAGAUCCGAACGCCCUAGGACAAGCCUGAAGGGGCGUCACAACAAGAUAUACCGGACCCCUGGUACCCCGCCCCCGGAAGUACUGAUGGAGAAGGAGAAAGGGUUUGUUCUUGACUGUAACGCUGCUAGCAGUAUAUCUACUGACUAUUCUAAGACAAACCCCAAACUGGGACCUGUCAUACCGCCCUACAACUCCCAGAGAGACACUCACGUCGACCCCUAUUUCCAGUUCCAGGGGGUUCAGAAGACACUCGCCCUCACCAAACAGGACCCCCCUGGUUGUUCGCUAGAAGGACCCGUAGCAGACUAUUUCAAUGACAAAGGAACAGGCUAUCAGUAUUUAUCAUUAAGAAAUAAAUUUGGCGCUGGACAUUCACGAGAGUUAGUAGACGGACAUUCCCAGUUUAUGAAAGGCAUUGAGCCCGUGAACGGUUACAACGGGCCGUUCGGAUAUCGUCGGAACACACCCUGGCUUAGGGCCGAGCCAUCGCCAUUCGGAACAGCCAGUCGGUCGGCUACUCAUUGAUAAAACUACUAUAAAUUGCUAUCCUAUGAAAAUUGUUAUAUUGAUUUCCUGCUCAACACUGGCCAAUGGACUUCCGCGUUACAUGAAAAGUACUGACUGUGAUAGACAUUGAUUGAUUACUUUUGAUUGAUCCCGAUGUGAUAUUUUAAAAUCAAUAUUAUCCUGAUAGUUCUGCACUUUUUCGAUAAAGUUAUACAAUGAACAUGAUGAUGAAAUAUUUGCACUGUAAGUUUUUGUUCAUUAUUUUGUUGUUGACAGAUUUCGUUUCUGUAAGCCAGAUCAUAUACCCCACCUUCCCUAAUGAUGUUCUCACCAUUAUGAUGCAGGUCCUACUUAAGGUUUCCAUGUGUUUUACAUAAGAACAAUGCGUUUUAGAAUGAAGCAAUAUCUUACUGUGAUUUCCGUAAGUAACUUUAUUUUCGUGAUAAACAUGUUUUCGCGUUAAUUGUAAAGAAGCUGAAAUAUAAAUUUGAAAUCUUUCGCGACUGAUAUUACUUCCGAAUAUAAACACUAUCCCUAUUAAAAUACCAUUCUGUCAAUAACGAUCUUUAAGUAUUCGUGAAUAAAACCAACACGAAUUCAUGUAAAUCGCGAAAUAAAGUACACGCGAAAAUAAACGGAUUUACAAUAAUGUGCAUUUUACUUGCAUUAUCGGAGAUGGAAGUUUUAAAUGUUGAAAAGGAAGAUUAUAUCUAUGUCGUUUAAACAUAAUUCGGUGACGUAAGAAAAGUUACAUGGACACGUAAGAUAGAACACUGCACAGCUUACCUUUAAGAUGAACCAAAGUCUUAACCUGAAUCUGGACGUAACGAAUACUUUGUAAUGAUACUUACCGGAGUAUAAGGUGCCUGGACACAGCAGUUGUCUAUUUGUCAUAUGUUCUCUGAGUCAGAUAACAGAGGUGAAUCGCUGUGUCGGAUUAAAGACGUGUAAGGGGUUAUACAACUAAGGGAUUCCAGUAGCUAUUUGUGUGUCUUAGCCGAAAAUAAGUGAAUACUACCGAUAGAAUUAAAACAAAUGUCUCAGCUUAUAUUUAUACUACUAUACAGGACUGUAUGUUGAAGAUUUGUUUAUGUAUUAACAUAAUACUUUUGUAUUCAAAAUGAAAUUUAGUCUUGUUUAAAAAUAAGCAUUCAAGAAAUAUACAUAUAAUUAUUAAUUUUUGUUCAAAAUGAAUUGCAUGUACGUUCGUCACAUUUCAGGAAAUAAUAACCGAAACACGCAUUACAUACUAUUAACCUGGUCAAUCAAACGCUUGGACCUCAGUUUUAUAUAGCAUUGUCUGUUUUUUUUUAUAUCAAAUUUAUUAUCUAAGUCACAUGCAUACAGCUGAAAUUCAGUUAAUCGUAGAUUUCUAUUUUUCCAAUUUUUUAUACGUAUGUAUUUAUCCGAAAUAAUGUCUGAGGUUCACGUGACAAUGUCCGGUACAGCGAGGUUUUCACGACAAUGUCUGGUAAAGCGAGGUGCCCAUGGACAUGUCUGGUGAAGAGAGAUUUCCGUGACAGUGUGCGGUAAAGAGAGGUUAUCACGACAAUUUCCGGUAUAGCGAGAUUCUCACGACAAUGUCCGGUAUAGCGAGGUGCCCAUGAAAAUGUCUGGUGAAGAGAGAUUCCCGUGAUAGUGUGCGGUAAAGACAGGUUAUCACGACAAUGUCCCGUAUAGCGAGGUUUCCGUGGUCAUAUCCGGUGUAAAGAGGUAGCCAUUAUCGGUAUAGCGAUGUUUCCAUGACAAUGUCUGGUAUAGCGGGGUUCCCAUGACAAUGUACGGUAUAGCGAGAUUUCCUUGGUUAUAUAAGUCACAGUGUUUGGUUUGUGAGGUAUACUUGUGAUAUCCAGUAUAGCGAGACCCGUUGCUGUCGUCCGUACUGGGAUGUUCCUUGGUAAUGUGAAUUUUGUGUAGACGUGAGCCGAUUUUAUUGUAGACGAGCUAGAUAUAUAAAUGUAUAACAACUGUUCCUUAAAUCAAGUAUUAUAUACGUUUCCAUAUUUUGUAAUGUUGUAUAUUUCCUCUCGUCAUAUUUUCCCUGACAUUAAAAUUUCAAAAGUUAAAUCGAA